AAGAUGUGAGGUUGUCAGCGAGUCCAUCUGGGGACGUCACCACAGGAAGUAUGGUGGUUUUGACCUGCAACAGUGAGGCAAACCCUGCUGUGGCACAAAGCGGAUAUCGAUUCUACAAGGAUGGAGAGUAUGUGAGUUCAGGGCAGAAACAUGUCAUCUCAUACAUCCAGCCAAGACACAUGGGCAGGUACCACUGCCAGGCAUGGAACAACAUCAGCUGGAGAGGCAGUGAUCUGAUCAACUCAUCAGAGAUACAGCUGGAUGUUCGCUAUCACCCAAUGAAUGUUUCGGUUUCAGUGAAUCCAAAGCAAAUAGUUGAAGGCAGUAGCGCCAAUCUAACCUGCCACAGCGAAGCUAACCCUGCAGCAGACAGCUACACCUGGUACAAAAUGACAGACACAGUCGGCUCUGACUCCCUGGCCUAUGUGGGCUCAGGCCAGGUGCUGUCCCUUUCCUCCAUGGAGUCGUCCGACAGCGGUCUCUAUGUCUGCCUCGCCAGGAACAGUGUCGGAGAGGCCAACUCAACUGGAUUGGUCCUAGUGAUGGCAGCAGAGCAGCAUGGCAGCCAGGCCCUUCCUAUCCUAGCUGGAUUUGGUGUAUUUCUUGUUGUGAUGUUAGUCGCAGUAUUGCUUUUGUUCUGGAGGAAAGAAAAGUUCAAGGUAGUUAAAAACCAGACUAACUCAAACUCCAGACUCAGUGGAAGAACAUCAAACUCCGAAGAAGCAACUGAUGCAGUUUAUUCCAACAUUCAAAUACUCCCAUCUCCACCUGGUUUUGACCUCUACAGCAAUUUACCACCACGUAAAGUCUCAAAAAAUAUUCCCAGAUCUGAGGAUGAGAUUCUGUACUCCACUGUAACAACCAAACCUAGGAACCAGAAUGCACCAAACGACACAAACUCCUGGUUUAAAGGAAGAGAAGAUGACAGCUCUGUAGUUUACAGCUCAGUGAUCAAAUGAAGCUGAGUAAAUCCUCUACAGUCAACAUCUUCAUUUAAUGCAUAUGCACUGCAAACACCUAAAGAUGCUGUGAAUAUAAAAUUAGGCUGGCAAAAAUAAAAUAUGGACUGACGCACAAACACAUGCAAAUGAAAAAUGGUACAAAGGAAAUAAGGCUGCUUGAUUUGGCUUAAAA